AUGAGCCAGGCGUCCCUCCGUAUGGGCCUCCGCGCCCCUUCCGCGGCCGCGGCCACCUCCCGCCGCGCCGCUUCGCGGAUCGUGCCGCGCGCGGCCACUGCCAAGGUCUCGUUCACGCUGCCCCUCCAUGUGGAGUUUGGCACUGAGGUCGCUCUCGUUGGCUCCAGCCCCGUCCUGGGCGAGUGGGAUGCGACGUCCGCUGUGCCCCUCAACUGGACCGAGGGCGACGUCUGGACGGCAGAGGCCGAGGUCCCAGUCGGCUCGAGCGUCGAGUACAAGUACAUCAUCCGCGUCCCCGAGGACGGCAAGGUCCUGGAGUGGCAGCCCACCCCCGCCAACCUCGUGCUCUCCAUCCCGGAGGCCGGCCCCGUGGCCGUGACCGACGACUGGGAGGGAGCCGCCCACGAGGUCGUCGUAGGCGCCGCUGCUGUUGCGCCUGCCGCUGCCGCGCCCGCGGCCGAGGACGUCAUCCCUGAGGCGCCCGAGGUCGCGGCGGAGGUGGCUGCGGCGCCCGAGCCGGAGCCCGCCGUCGCGGCGCUCGCGGCCGAGCCCGCCGCCGAGGCCGCGCCGGCGCCGGCGCCGGCCGCGGAGGAGGUUGUGCUGGCGGCGGAGGCUGCGCCUGUCGCCGCCGUCGCCGCGCCAGCUGUGGCCGAGGCCGCGCCGGCCCCCGCAGCGGAGGAGGCGCCCGCCGCGCCCGUGUUCAAGGUGGGUGACGUGGCUUUUAUUGGCAGCCUGCUCGGGCGAGGGGCCCCUGGCGCGCAGUGA